AUAUUUCAUGAUGACCUGACUCUCAUAAAUGUAGUAGUAUUCUAGUCGUUGGACCUUUGAGACGUUAAUGCGUCUUGAAUUUUUGGUGUGAGUGAGAGAGAGUGCGUGAGAAAACAGCUCAAAUAAAGCCGAUAUCAAUUAUAUAUUAUAAUUCAAUUAAAAUUCUUUUUAUUUAUUUAAAAUCAAUACAGAACGACGUUGAUUGAAAAAAUCAUCUUUGAAAUUAAAUUUUAAUAUUAACGUAAACAAUUUGAAAGCUAUUUGGUUAUAUUGAGAUUCAAUUGUGACAAAAGUGACAAAUAUGUUAAGAGAAGUGGUGAUUUGUGGUGCAAAAAUGAACCGGUUUACUCAAAUAGGACUCAACAUUUUUCGACGAGUACACACAAGUAAUAGGAAACGAUCAGUAUUGCCAGCAUCGAAGAAACUUGGAUCAGCAAGAUACAUUGACCUUGCACACCCUUUAACUGAUGCCCAUGACUACACUUUACAACAUGAUCGUACGAAAGAUCAAGAUCAUGGAGCUAAUGCUGAGGAUGUCUUAUUCGACAUGUUUAAAAAUGAAGAGACUAACUUGCUAUCAGUAGGAAAAUUUUUAGCUGCUUUGAGGACAACUGGAUUAAGAAAAAAUGAUCCGAGGCUGCAAGAAUUAACUGACAAUUUGAAAGCUGAGCAUUUGAAAUGUGGUGGGAGUGAAGGUGUAUCACAUGAGACUCAGAAGCUUGAUCGAGAGCAAUUUAGACGAAUUGUGACUCCAAAUAUUGUGCUAAUAUCAAGAGCAUUUAGACAUCAGUUUAUCAUUCCUGAUUGGGCUGAUUUUACCAAGCACAUAGAAGAUUUCUAUUGGAAAUGUAAAUCAAAUACUGAAGGAAAAGUAGCAUCUUACAUACCUCAAUUGGCAAGAAUGAAUCCUGAAUACUGGGGUGUUUCUGUUUGUACUAUUGAUGGUCAGAGAUUUAGCAUUGGAGAUACUGCUAUUCCAUUCACUCUUCAGAGCUGUAGUAAACCCUUGACCUAUGCCAUUGCAUUAGAACGAUUGGGUCCUCAAGUGGUUCAUCAAUAUGUUGGUCAAGAGCCGUCUGGAAGGAAUUUCAAUGAACUAGUUUUGGAUCACAAUAAAAAACCUCAUAAUCCAAUGAUAAAUGCUGGUGCAAUUUUAAUAUGCUCCUUGUUGAAGAGUCUAAUAAAACCAGAAAUGACCUUAGCUGAAAAGUUUGACUUCACGAUGAACUGCUUUAAACGUAUGGCUGGAGGAGAAAAUUUAGGAUUUAACAAUGCAGUCUUUCUUUCUGAACGUGAAGCUGCUGAUAGAAAUUACGCCCUUGGAUUUUAUAUGAGAGAGCACAAUUGUUAUCCUGAUAAAACUAAUCUCCGUGAUAUCAUGGAUUUUUAUUUCCAAUGCUGUGCUAUGGAGUCCAAUUGUGAUGCCAUGUCAGUGAUGGCUGCAACUUUGGCUAAUGGUGGUAUAUGUCCCAUUACUGAAGAAAAAGUUCUAAAACCAGAAAGUGUUCGAGAUGUUCUAAGUCUUAUGCAUAGCUGUGGAAUGUAUGAUUACAGUGGACAAUUUGCUUUUAGAGUGGGAAUCCCAGCAAAGUCUGGAGUCUCAGGUAGCCUUCUGGUUGUAAUUCCAAAUGUCAUGGGUAUCUGUACUUGGUCACCUCCUCUGGAUCCUCUUGGAAAUUCAUGUAGAGGUGUUCAAUUUUGUGAAGAACUUGUCAACGAAUUUAACUUCCAUCGAUACGACAACUUGAAACACGCUACAAAUAAGAAAGAUCCUCGAAGACAUAAGUAUGAAACUAAAGGUUUAUCGAUUGUCAAUCUUCUCUUCAGUGCAGCAAAUGGUGAUGUUACUGCAAUGAGGAGACAUCGUCUGAGUGGAAUGGAUAUGACGUUAUCGGACUAUGAUGGACGCACGGCUUUACAUUUGGCAGCCAGUGAAGGUCAUCUAGACUGUGUUGAAUUCCUUAUUGAGCAGUGUGGUGUUCCUCAUGAUCCCAAGGACAGAUGGGGAAAUCGACCUAUUGAUGAAGCUGAAACCUUUGGUCAUACACAAGUCGUAGAGUACCUGAAAAAUUACGCAUUAACGUUAGUGACAGAAGAAAGUAAAGAAGGACGAAAUGAUGAGCCUAAAAAUAAUCAUAAGAAUAAUAGUAAUAACAAUAAUGAUAAGAAAGUCAACGAUAAUGAUUUGAAUGAAACAAAGCCUAAGGAUCCGACUGAAUCACCUCUUCCUUAAAUUAAAAAUAAUAGAAUGAAAUAAAUGACUUAAAUAGGUAAAUAAUAAAAGGAAUUGAGACUGUUGUAAACAGAAAUGAGCCUUAAUAUUGAUGAAUUUAGUCAAUCAAUUAUGUCAAUAAGCGAGAGUUUUGUAAAAGCUGUGAUUUAUUUUUCUUGUCUUUAUAGUUUAUACCAAUUCUCAUUAAUUAUUAUUUUAUUUAUAUAUUUUCUGUAUUCUACAUUGCAAAUUAAUAGUAUUCUCCUAUAUGUCGCUCAUUGUUCGAAGCAAACAUAUCUAUAGUUAAAGUAUUAUCUUAUGAGCUGACUUUUAUGCUAAAAACUUUAGUGCAAAACACUCUAAUAAAUUUCUGUUUGAAUAAUUCCUGAUAAAUGAAAAUUGUUCAAUCAUAAGAUUCAAUUUUACAAUUAUAUUGUAUUGUAUUCAUAAUUUAAUAAUCAUUAUUUAUGAUAGAAAAUAUUAAAAAUAACA